AUGAAGUUGUUAUUGUAAAUCUACUAAAGCAUGGAUCAGAAAUUGAUGAUCAAUAUGCUUCAACAAAGUCAUCAGCAUGUAGUGUAGAAGUAGUUAAUUUCUUAGCAAUAAUUUGAUUUCUUUAGGCUAAGAGGUUUACAUUUAGAUGUAAUCUGUAAAUAAUCUCAUCCUUCUACAAAACAUGAAUCUCUUGUUAUGAAUUUAGUUAGUAAAAAAAUAUCGAGCUUUACCACUAGCGCUAAAAAUGAGAGGGUAAGCAAAAUGUGCACUAAUAAUAGGCACCCAACAAUGAAGGAAGGCAGAUUUAGAUUUUGAUCACGGUUGUCCUAAAUACAUGGCGUAUUCAGAUCUUUCAGCGGUAAGAUUAAUUAGUAUUAGAAAAUUGAUACCUAGAUCAUGCUGAUAACAUAAGAGAAAAAUGCUUAAUCAAAAUUAGCUAAGAAGAUUAGAGCUGAACAUUAGAGAGUUUGUUAAAUAUAUUUAAUAAUAGGUGUACACAUUUAGAAAGGCCAUUAUAAAUUUGAAGCUGCUUAAAAAAGACUUAAACGAAUAUUUAUUUUAUCUAAGCAAGUUAAAUGAUGCAUCCAAUUACUGA